AUGUCCUACCGUCCAGGGCGGCGGACGCGUUCAUCGAUGCUGGACCUGGUUCUACAGCCUGCGAACCUCGCUGCGCGCAGUCGCGGCCUGCGGGUCAAGCAGGAAAAGCCCUGCACCUCUCGCUGCGCUUUUGGAGGAAGGCGAGUAAAAGCCGAACAGCGGAAGCCCUCACCGACAUGCCCAAGGCCAAGCAUCAAUAGUCCUGACUCGGGAUCCCGCCGACAUGCCGGAAAAGGGCCAGGUGCUCCGGCGGAGGUGCAUGAUGUGCAUGAAGGAGAACUUGAAGAGAAUCCAAGGGUCACUCGACCGUCUCACCGUGAAUUGGCGCCGAUGCGCUCUCUGCUGCGCUCAGCUUCUGAGGAUGCUCAGCGCAAUCAGACUCAGAGCCAGGUAGUUUUCACCGACCAGCCCAAAAACAUCGAGAUUGAAUCUUUCAAGGAUUUGAUGUCUGAACUUUGGUAUCCGAACGAUGACACGUGCACCUGCGAGCUGUGCGGGAAGCGGGUUCGGGUUGGCAUCGAAGCCUGGUACACUUCGACCAGAGAACAGUUCUCCCAAUUCACCCAAACAGAGGUACUUUGCAAGUCAUGUCGUCUGGCACGGAAGUUCGAGGAGGUCGGCGGCUGGUUUCUGGUCGCAUGUGCAUGCCGUGACUCCGACUCCGCCUUGCCCAGCAUCGACCUUGUGAAAACCAUCGCCGACAUCCUGGAAAUGGGUCCAGGUCUUCCUGGACGCAGGCUAGACAUCCUCACCGAUCUCCUUGGUGAAGAGGUCCAUGAUGCAGAGUCGUGGCAGCAGGUGUUGCUCAAGGCUGCUGAGGCAGCGCUACAGCUCUUCCCAGAAGGCGAUGAUUCCUCAGCGCGCAUGCUAAGCAGCCCGUCCAGGAUGGAUGGUGAGGUCGAGGUGGCGAUAGAGGAGUCACCUUCGCCUCCUGCAAGUGAGCCUAGCACCAGGGCAAGCCACGCCGGCUCGGCCCGGCUCGGCUUGUGGUUUGGACGCGCGAAGCGUAAGAGACGUUUGAAAAGGCAAGCUGGAUCAUGCUGGAUCGAUGCCGAUGGCGGGGCAGUUGCGAAGUUGAGCUCUGAAAGUGGCCUGUGCAGCAUCGCAGCCAUGCGACCCCCAAGCCCAUCGCGGGCAGCGCCUGUCAGGACCGGUUUGUUGGAUGAACCAGAAAUGCGUCCGCGCCUCGCCUCUUCUUUAAUGAACCGCGAGGCGCUGACCACCAGGACUCGACGAGGAUCCAUGACCGACCGGUCACCGCCUCGUCGUGCAGCUUUUCGACGGUUGACCAGAAGGAACUCCCAGUUUGGGCCUGGUACCAUGAGCUUGGGUCUUCGUCACACCCGCGUCAACGACAUCCUGGCGACCUUUGGCGAGGAGGAGACUAUCACCUCGCGCCGCCCUUCGUCCUUGCCUGGCGGCUUAGACAGCCAAGGAGGAGCUGGCUUUGGCUAUUUUCAGGACCGUCUGAAGGACCUUGAAUCGGCUAUGCAGCCUCAACUGCGGAAUCGAGCCAAGACAGAGGACCUCCGAAUAGAACUUGCAGAGCUGGCUCCAGACCGGAAGCUGGACGGCUUGGUGAAAGAAGGUUACAUCACGGAGGAUUUCUCGCGGUUGGUCUACGAAAAGUUUCGGAACGAAGAGGAGCCAGUGUUUCUGGAAGACCUACAGCUGGAGAAAACCGGUGGGCUCAAUGCUGUGAGAGAGCUUGAUGAUCUCUUGGCCCAGAAAUAUUUCUGGUUUGUCGUUCUCAUCGUGUCUGUGAUCUUCAAUGUUUGGUACCUCAUACAUUUGGACUGGCAAAUCUUCACGACGUAUUUCAGAGAAGUUUUCCAAACCUGGGACUUGCCCGGAAUUGCAGAUCGCCUCGCCAACGGCGGCGGCAGCGAAUCCAAGUCAGACAUUCAGGCAGAGCUCUUCGAUGACCCGAUGUUCAAGGCUGGUUCUAGCGAGCAAGACGUUGGCAUUGUCACAUCUGCAAAUAAAGCUGGCAAGUUUGCUGUUCUGCUUCAGGUUGGCUGGCUGAUGGUGCAAGUGGUGUGGGUUGUCUACGUGCUGUACAUGGUAUGCUGUGAGCAAUCGGAGUACAAGCGCUACAAUGCCAUCGGUUACUUUUUCCAGACACUUCUGCCACAGGCCAGCACAUUCUCUGCCGUCAAGCUAAUGGCCCGAGUACAUCCAUCUUUGAUACUCAAUGAGUAUCACGACUGGGUGACUUCGUUCUCCGAGCGAGGAUGGUGUGGACACAGAAGGAACACCAUCGGCUGGAUCAUGCUGACCAUGUCGUUUACUAUCUUCCAUGUCCUCUGUGCCACUGCGGCGAUCAGCGCGUUCUCCGUCAAGAUGCUGGCAGUGAGCUUCAAAGUCGUCAACCCGGACAUCUCCUGGUGGUAUCGUCUUUUCAGUAUCCUCGCAACUUUGAACCAGAUCAUGGGUGCCGUCUACAUUGAUCGCGUUUUGCAGGACCGCGUUUUCCUUUUCGUCUUCGGUGGUCGCGAUGCCACAUACGAAGACGACGAGCUGGCGUACAAGAACGCUUACAUGACCCGAAUGGUCAGAGAGAUCUGGGUCAAAUACUCAGACUCGGGGCACUAUUUCUCAGCCAUCGUCCUGCUUGCGACCUUCGAUCACUACGACUUGCAGUGGCUUAUGAUUGAACAGACGGAGGAUGACGAUGACUACGUGCUGCAACGCCUGGGCCUUGCUCCACAAAGGACGGUUUCGGCGCCUGCUGAAGGACUGACAUCGCGCCCAAAGAAGGCAACGUCCGGAAUUGAUGACACCACGUGGUGGAACAAGUUCUGGAUAAUGCUGGGAUGCCAUACCAUCAGCCGAGUGCAGUCCAGCCCAGAGCUGGAGACCGUCCAUGAGGAAUUCCAAGAGUCUCCUGUGCAUUCCCUGCAUUCAGCGCCGAAAGAUGAUGAGGAUGUCGAGAGAAACGAGGAGAGGCAUGAGAAGACCCAGGAGCAGGCCACGCCGGAAGAUCGUCCUCGGCGACGAUCGAUGUCCGAGAAUCUGUCGCACAAGGCCUCGGCGGCCUCGAAGAUUACUCCCAUCAGCUUGAAGCUGCCCUCCUCGGACGGGCUCGGCCCUGUUGCCAGCGAGCGAUCGGGGCAGGAGGAAAGCGCUCUUUCAGAAACACCGAAAACAAAUCGAAACAGCCUGAUGGACAACCAGGAUUGCAUCAGCGAGUCGUCGCAGCCACUGCUCUUCCCGGUUCAGGACCCAGCCGGCUCGGACUUGGCGAGCCGAGAGUCCACUCACAGUUCGACGGGAAUGGCAGCAAUUGCCCGUGCAUUUCAAAGCAGGUGCAACGCAUUGGGGGAUAGCUGGAACGGUUGGACAGAGGGAACCUUCCCGAAACGGGCUGGCUAUCUCGCGUGGGCAGACGGUUGGAGUGACAGUGGAAUCCCGAUGUCCAGGUCCGACACUAAUGAGCUCGUCGAUCUGGAACACCUCUUCACAAGCCAUGAGGUGCUACCGGGGCCCCGUGUCAAUGGUGAUGACAUGGUAUGA